CGUUGACAGUGUGGAAAAGUUUAAUGAACGCCUCCCAGCUGGUGACAUUCCUCGCGUCAAGCUUUGAAAAUCGUCUGUGCUCCAACUAGGUAUAGGACUAUGGCUGGAGAAUAGUUUACGAAUAAUUAUCCAAGAUGUUCAUUUACCUUAGCAAAAAAAUUGCCAUUCCUAACAACACUCGUUUACGAUGUGUUGGAUGGAACAAAGACCAAGGUUACAUUGCUUGUGGCGGAGAUGACGGAUUGCUAAAAGUUCUAAAGCUUGAGGCAGGAAAGGAUACAAAGGUGAAAGGGUUAGCUGCCCCUUCAAACCUUUCCAUGAAUCAAACUUUGGAAGGUCACAGUGGUGCAAUUCAAGUUGUGACUUGGAAUGAAUCGCAUCAAAAACUUACGUCAUCUGACCAGAGUGGGCUUAUUAUUGUAUGGAUGCUGUAUAAGGGUUCAUGGUAUGAAGAGAUGAUAAACAACAGGAAUAAAUCGGUAGUGCGUGGAAUGGCAUGGAACAGUGAAGGACAGAAAAUUUGCAUUGUUUAUGAGGAUGGUGCUGUAAUUGUCGGCAGCGUUGAUGGUAACCGAAUUUGGGGCAAAGAAUUGAAAGGACAUCACUUGAUGGGAGUUGAGUGGUCACCUGAUUCACGAUUGCUGUUGUUUUCACUUCACAACGGCGAAGUCCAUGUUUAUGAUAACACUGGUGGAUUUGUGAGUCGUCUCAACAUCCAGUGCCUGGGGAGCAUGGGUCUUGGAGCAACUAUAGUUGGGCUUACUUGGUACAAUGGAAGCAAUGGUUAUGUUGAACCAGAUUGUCCUACUCUUUCAAUAUGCUAUGACAAUGGCAGAAUGCAAAUAAUGCGGAAUGAAAGCGAUGAUAUGCCUGUCCUGAUUGAUACUGGAAUGACUGUUUGCUCCAGCCAGUGGAACCACAAUGGUAGUGUUAUAGCUGUUGCUGGUACAUUACAGUUGACUGGUAUGGGAGAUAAAGACUGUAAUGUUGUCCAAUUCUAUACACCCUUUGGUGAGCAUCUCCGUACUCUGAAAGUUCCUGGUAAGCAGAUAACAGCUUGUUCUUGGGAAGGUGGAUCACUUAGGAUUGCUUUGGCUGUGGACUCGUUCAUAUAUUUCGCAAACAUCCGUCCAGACUACAGAUGGUGCUAUUUUGCUAAUACUGUUGUAUACACCUAUACAAAGCCUGACCGCAGUGAAACUUGUGUAACAUUUUGGGAUACCAGAAACAAUGAGCAUUUUAUUAAGCACAUCAAGUACUUAAUGGGAAUGUCAUCAUCAGGGGAGCACUGUGUUUUGGCUGUACGAACUGAUGAUGGUUCAGGACAGUUUGGACUUAUUUUAUGCAAUGCUAUUGGAACUCCAGUAGAUAGUAAAUAUAUAGAUAUUGAACCACAUUAUUUGGCCAUGAGCAGCAGUUAUGUCUUUGCUGCUUCCAAGGAAAACUUUUACCUCUGGCAUUUCAAGACACCCAAAGCCCAUAGUUCUCUUGAAUUGGCAAACACACUGAAACCUGACCGUCAGGAACGCUUAUAUCAUAUAGAUGACACACCAACUGGGGUAUCAGAUGCAUUCAGAGAAGGGGAUAAAAUGUAUGAGGCAACUGGUGAUCCAGUGUGUUGCAUGACUGCAAGUGAAAGAACUUUAGUAAUUGGUAGGGAAUCGGGAGGACUUCAAAGGUACACUCUGCCUCAUGUAGCUUUGACUGCCCGUUACACAUUACCAUGUCGUCCGCAUAGACUAGCUCUCAACUGCAAUUCAUCACGUCUGGCAAUAAUUGACAUCACUGGUCUGUUGACUUUCCUCGAUCUUGAUACUCGGAAUUCCGAUAAUGGACAAGAGGUGAUGGGCUCCAUCCUGAAAUUUGAACGUAAAGAUGUUUGGGAUAUGUGUUGGGCUCAGGACAACACUGAACUCUUUGCCAUGAUGGAAAAGACUCGCAUGUAUGUAUUUCGUAAUAUGGAUCCAGAAGAACCUAUUGCAAGCUCAGGAUAUCUUUGUAGUUUCCAGGACUUGGAAAUAAAGGCUGUUUUGCUUGAUGAGGUUAUGCGUGAACCAGAGGCUCCAACUACUGAUCAUUUGCUUACCUUAGAAGUGAAAAGUCUUAGAGAUACACGUGACUUACUGGAGAAAGUGUCUGUGAAGGAUGCUGCAGCUUUUAUUGAUGAAAACCCACAUCCAAGAUUAUGGCGCCUACUAGCUGAAGCUGCCUUGGAAAAACAGGACCUCAAAAAUGCAGAAGCAGCUUUUGUGAGGUGUAAGGAUUAUCCAGGUAUCCAGCUUGUCAAGAGGAUAUCAAAUAUUCAGAAUGAAACCCUGCGAAAAGCAGAGGUAGCAGCUUACUUUAAAGAUUUUGAUGAGGCUGAGAAGUUAUACCUGGAGGUAGAUAGACGGGAUCUUGCUAUAAGUCUUCGACGCAAACUUGGUGACUGGUUCAGAGUUGUGCAGCUUUUAAAAUUGGGCUCAUCAGGUGAUGAUGUCAAAAUGGAAGAAGCCCUUAAUAACAUUGGUCAUUAUUAUGCAGACAGGCACAAAUGGGAUGAUGCAGUGAAACACUUUGAGUUAGCUCACAAUCAUGAGAUGCUGUCUGUCUGCUACUAUCAGUUGGAAGACUUUGAAGCCCUAGAGUCUCUUGUGCGAUCUCUUCCGGAUAAUUCACCUUUACUGCCAUCCAUAGCUGAUAUGUUUACCAGUGUUGGGAUGUCACAGCAAGCUGUUGCUGCUUACAUGAAGUGUAACAAGGUUAAAAAUGCCAUAGACACAUGUGUGGCAUUAAACCAGUGGCAUGAAGCUGUGGAACUAGCCAAGCAACAUAAUGUAACCGAGAUCAGUGCUCUCUUAGCUCGUUAUGCAUCUCACCUCUUGGAAAAAGGAGAUCGACUCCAGGCCAUCGAGUUGUUCCGUAAGGCUGACAAACUACUGGAUGCAGCAAAACUGCUAUUGCAGAUUGCAGAAGAUGAGGGGAAAAAGAAAGCGAGGCCCUUGCGAAUUAAGAAAAUGUAUUUACUAGCAGCCCAGCUGGUUCAGGAACAUAAUUCAAAGAUGAAAGAAGCAAUGAAAGAGGCGGAAGGAAGUCGAAGUGCUGCGCUGAUGGGCCUUUUUGAUGGAGAUGAUGGUGGCUUUUCUGUGGAAAUGAAGGGUUCUACUAACAAUAUUUUAGAUAACCCAUGGAAGGGAGUAGAGGCUUACCACUUCUUCUUGUUGGCACAGAGGCAACUGUAUGAAGGAUAUGUGGAUGCUGCCAUGAAAACUUGUCUCCAUAUGAGGGAAUAUGAAGGCAUUUUAGAUCCAGAAGACAUCUUUGCUCUAUUAGCUCUGGCUUCAUGUGCAAAUAGAGCCUUUGCUACUUGUUCAAGAGCUUUCAUCAAGUUAGAGGCUCUUACAGAGGUAUCUCAAUCUAGGAGGGAAGCAUAUGAAGAUCUGGCAAUGAAUAUUUUUAUGAAGUACAGUCCAAAGGAUUCCCGGAGUAACAGGGCUGAAUGCACCAGCUGUGAAACUAUGAUUCCUGACUGGGUAAGCACGUGUCCCAGUUGUAACACUCGUUUCCCAACUUGCAUUGUCACUGGGAGGCCUAUAAUGGAUAUGACGUCUGUGUGGACUUGUCGAUCUUGCAGUCAUUCGGCUUUAGAACAAGAUAUGACCAUGAGAGCUCAUUGCCCUUUGUGUCAUGCAGUUAUUGUGAAUAGCCACUGAAUGGGGACUUUCAUGCAAUGCCAAAGGUCUGGAGACUAAAUUCUCAAGUGCAAGGUUCUAGUCAGUAACAAUAAAGGUUUAAUAACUAGUCAAGCAAGAUAAGAGUGCUAUAAAUAUAAUGCACAUUUCAAAUUUAAUUAAGUCUUUCUGUGAUAUUUAUAUUUGCAAUGAUACUGAAAUGUAUGAAUAUAAACUAAAACUAAA